AUGUCUUCUCGGAAUGCUGCGGAUCUUCCAGCUGAACUACUGGCUGAGAUAUUCGAAUGGCACCACACCAUUGCGGCACCGCUGUCAUAUCGCAGGGCGCUUAACCUGUCGCAGGUCUGCAAGACUUGGAGAAAGGUUGCCAUAUCACACGGUGCUCUAUGGGCCAACAAGCUCGAUGUAUCCCCUUCCGCCGAACUGAGCCGGCUCGUGCUAGAGCGAGCUGGCCAUCAUGUUCUGGACAUAGAGCUCCGUGACAUCUCGCCGCACUUUGCGAGGGAGUGCUUGGGAGAAUGGUUCGACCCCUUGCGCCGUCUGCGCACGCGUUCUAUCGACCUUGAGAGCUUUGGCAACAGCACCUCACCGAUGGUGGCCCAACUUAUUGGACCUUCCUUGCCUAUGUUGCGGUCUCUCUCCGUGAGCUUUGAGACCGUCGGAGACUAUGGAUCCUUUGGAGACGAGGAGGAGGACGAAGUCGACAUCCACACGCUAUCCAUUCAACACGCUCCAGCUCUGACCAGAGUCGCACUCCGCAAUUGUCUCAUGAGAUGGGACGCCGACGUAUACUCCCAGCUCACACAUCUUGACAUUGGCGUGAAUAUCAAAGGAUUGCGGCAGUUUGUGGAUCCCAUCAGUCAAUGCCCGACUCACGCCCAGAUGCGGUCCUUGAUAUCGUCACUGCGCCACAUCGUUGAGCUGAAGUUGGAUAUAUUUCCACUUUACACUGCACCUGUUGAAGACGCGGAGAAGAUAUCUGUACCUCUCUCAUGCCGGCGUAUCACGCUGCGUAGCCUGCCCGCACAUACAAGCUGUUGCUGGUUUGCCAAGUCGCUCGUCGUCCCGCCCGGGGCGGCGCUCACGAUCAUCCAAGUUUCCGAGGGAGAUACCGCAAGGAUGGUGCGCGAGUUCUCGCGUUCGUCUCAAGCCUUGAGCGUAUCAACGACAGAGCUUGUGGGAAGCGAGUCUCUGGGUACCGUUGUCAUUGGGGUUGGCGAAGCGCUGCCACUCUGGACACAAUUCGAGCCCCUCAUGGACGUGAUGGAAGCCACACCGGGCAAUCACAUCACCCUCGAAUUCGAAUUUCUCGUUCUCAAUGACGAUCAGGAGUUGGAGGAAGAAGACAUCACUCCGUCAUGCAACAACAUGAUCAGCGCGAUCUCUCGGUUGGACGUCACCGAGCUCGAACUACUGCGUAUACCAGGGUUGCGCUAUGCGGACGAGAAUGAGAGCCGGUUUCGCAGGAAGCAUGCCGCUUUCUUUCGAGUUCUUGCUGAUGCCGAGAAGGUCAAGGUCCUCAUCCUUCCCUUCUUGUCUAUGCCCUUGCUGAGGGUUCUUGCCGCGCCCUCGGCCACAACCCACGAGCUCCUGUUCCCCCAGUUGGAAUCCGUCAUCCUCUCUCUGUAUCCGCUUGACGCUGAUUCAGUGGGUCUUCUCGCGAAGUGGCUCAAGGCACGCGACAGCGAAGGCUUGUCAAGAGUCACCCUGCAUGUUCAGAUCAAACAAAAGGAGUAUGCGGACACACUUGCUCUUUGGAAGGUUAUUGGAGAGUUCUCGACGAUAAACGUGUACCAUUAA